AAUAGCUAUUUGUUAGAAGAUUAUAUACAAUGAGUCCGCCGGGUUUUCAGUUUGCUAUUGAUAGAGGAGGCACAUUUACAGAUGUGUUUGCCCGAUGCCCUAAUGGCAAAGUGCGGGUUAUGAAACUUCUCUCUGUGGACCCACAAAACUAUGAUGAUGCCCCAAGGGAGGCUAUUAGAAGGAUUCUUCAGGAGGAAACUGGUAACGCGGUAGAUAAAGACGGCAAGGUGAACACCUCCCUCAUAGAGUCCAUCAGGAUGGGUACUACAGUGGCCACCAACGCGCUGCUGGAGCGCAAGGGGGCCAAGAUGGCGCUGGUCAUCAACAAGGGCUUUAAGGACCUGCUGCUCAUUGGCAACCAGGCCAGGCCUAACAUUUUCCAAUUGGACAUAAAGCGACCCGACGUCCUCUACUCUGACGUUAUCGAAGUGGACUGCCGCGUCAUCCCCGCUUUAUAUGACCGCUGCCAGCUCGGAGACCUCAAGAGCCAAUGGCGCCCAGUCACCGGCAUCACGGGAGAGAAGAUGCUCAUCAUGAAGGAGUUGGACGAGGACGCAGUCAGGCGGGACUUGAUGAGGCUGAGGGAGAAGGGGAUAGAGAGCGUGGCCGUGGUGCUGGCGCAUAGUUACACGUAUCAUGAGCAUGAGAUUAGGAUUGGGAAGAUAGCUGAGGAGAUUGGGUUCCCUCUCGUCUCUCUCUCGCACGCGGUGACAGCCAUGGUGCGUCUCGCUCCGCGUGGCUACACGGCCGCGGCCGAUGCGUACCUCACGCCGCACAUACAACGCUACCUGCGCGGCUUCGCCCGUGGCUUCAAGGACGAGUUGAAAGGCACCAAUGUACUCUUCAUGCAGAGCGACGGCGGACUCACUCCUAUGGACUUGUUCAACGGAUCACGAGCAAUUUUGUCCGGCCCUGCGGGCGGGGUGGUCGGGUAUGCCAUGACGUCAUACCAGAAGGAGACAGGACUCCCAGUUAUAGGGUUCGACAUGGGUGGCACGUCGACGGACGUGUCGCGGUACGCGGGCGCGCUGGAACACGUCCACGAGGCCACGACGGCUGGAGUCACCAUCCAGGCACCUCAGCUAGAUAUAAACACAGUAGCGGCCGGCGGCGGGUCGAUGCUGUCGUUCCGCUCGGGACUGUUCGCCGCGGGGCCGGAGUCCGCCUCGGCCCACCCCGGCCCCGCCUGCUACAGGAAGGGCGGCCCGCUCACCGUCACCGACGCCAAUCUACUUCUGGGUCGUCUUCUGCCUGAAUACUUCCCGAAAAUCUUUGGUCCGAAUGAAAACGAGCCUUUAGACAAGGAAGCAACUAUUACGGCUUUCAAAAAGAUGACAAACGAAAUCAACAGUUUCCUGAAAGCCGAUGGCGGAAAAGAGAUGACCAUGGAAGAAGUAGCUAUGGGAUUCCUGAAUGUCGCCAAUGAAGCAAUGUGCAGACCUAUAAACGCGCUGACGACGGCGCGCGGGCACGACGCGGCGCGGCACGCGCUGGCGUGCUUCGGCGGCGCGGGCGGCCAGCACGCCUGCGCCGUGGCGCGCAAGCUCGGCGUCACCACCGUGCUGCUACACAAGUACGCAGGAAUCCUGUCAGCUUACGGCAUGGCGUUGGCCCAUGUAGUACACGAAGCGCAGCAGCCGAGCGGCUGUGUGUACGCGCCGAACAACUUCCAGGACAUCGACCGACAGUUGGACGUGCUGGCGGCUGUGUGCAGGGACAAGCUGAGGAAACAGGGUUUCUCGGACGCACGCAUCCAAACGGAGCCCUACCUGCAUCUGCGCUACGUCGGGACAGACUGCGCGCUCAUGGUGUCCCCUGUGCCGGCCACCACCAAGCCUGCCACACAACAUGGCGACUUCUACAACGCGUUUGUCACUAGGUACCAGACUGAGUUCGGGUUCACACUGGCUGACAGAGAUGUCAUAGUGGAUGACAUUAGAGUUAGAGGCAUUGGAUUGAGUGAGGUGGUAGAAGAAACAGCGCCACCCAGCGGAAAGGGGACUACACCGGUACCUGAAAAGAGGGUGAAGGUGUACUUCGAAGGCGGGUACCAAGACACGGCCGUGUAUCUCCUGGACAAGCUGCGGCCGGAGCAGGUGGUGCCCGGGCCUGCGAUCAUCAUGGACAGCCUGUCCACCGUGCUUGUUGAACCUGACUGCCGCGCGGAGAUAACCAAGCUCGGCGACAUUAAGAUAACCAUCGGCUCCGGGCAGCCGAAGCGAAUAACCACAGCUCUAGAGCCGAUACAGCUCAGCAUCUUCUCACACCGCUUCAUGUCCAUCGCUGAGCAAAUGGGCAGAGUACUGCAAAGAACGUCAAUCUCGGUGAACAUAAAGGAGCGGCUGGACUUCUCUUGCGCGCUGUUCGGGCCGGACGGUGGGCUGGUGUCCAACGCGCCGCACAUCCCCGUGCACCUCGGCGCCAUGCAGGAGACCGUGCAGUACCAGAUGAAAGUCCGCGGUGAUUCCUUGAAGCCGGGUGACGUGCUGCUCGCCAACCAUCCCAAGGCAGGCGGUUCCCAUCUACCGGACCUUACCGUCAUUACUCCCGUUUUCCACAACGGUCGCGGCCAUCCGAUAUUCUUCGUGGCGUCCCGCGGACACCACGCCGACAUCGGCGGACUCACUCCGGGCUCCAUGCCGCCCCACUCCGUGUCUCUUAAACAAGAGGGGGCCGCCUUCAAGUCAUUCCUGCUGGUGGAUGGCGGGAAAUUCAAUGAGAAAGAGCUUACGGCAGAGCUGAUGAAGCCCGGCAAGGAGGAAGGCUGCUCGGGCACGCGGAACCUGGCCGACAACCUGUCCGACCUGAAGGCGCAGGUCGCCGCCAACCAACGGGGUAUCCAGCUAGUGGGCGAGCUGAUAGGCCAGUACGGGCUGGACGUGGUGCAGGCGUACAUGGCGCAUAUACAGAAGAACGCAGAGAUCGCCGUGCGGGACAUGCUCAAGGAAAUAGCGCACAAGACGUACGCGAAUACAGGAUCAACUGUAUUAAAGGCGGUCGAGUACCUGGACAACGGUACACCUAUAGCCCUCAGCGUCACUAUUGACAAGGACACGGGCACGGCGCUCUGCGAUUUCACGGGCACGGGCGUGGAGGUGUGGGGAAACCUGAACUCGCCGCGCGCUAUCACGCUGUCAGCGCUCAUCUACUGUCUGCGUUGCAUGGUGGGCCACGACGUGCCGCUCAACCAGGGUUGCCUGACCCCGGUGCGGGUGAUAAUCCCCCCGGGCUCCAUCCUGGAUCCGUCGGAAGGCGCGGCGGUGGUGGGCGGCAACGUGCUCACCUCGCAGCGCAUCGUCGACGUCGUGCUCAAGGCCUUCCAGGUGUGUGCCGCGUCUCAGGGCUGCAUGAACAACCUGACCCUGGGUGAGGACGACUGGGGCUAUUACGAGACCGUGGCGGGAGGCAGUGGGGCAGGUCCAGGCUGGCACGGAUCAGGCGGCGUGCACACGCACAUGACCAACACGCGCAUCACGGACGUGGAGAUCGUGGAGCGGCGCUACCCCAUGCUCGUGGCCGAGUUCUCGCUGCGGCCCCACUCCGGCGGCCGAGGACGCUGGCGCGGCGGUGACGGCACUCGCCGCGCGCUGGUGUUCCGGCGGCCGGUGCGCCUCUCCGUGCUCACCGAGCGCCGCGCCUUCCAGCCCUACGGCAUGAACGGCGGCGAGCCGGGGGAGCGAGGCUUGAAUUUGUUGCAGCGAGUGGACGGACGGGUCAUCAACUUAGGAGGAAAGGCCUCAGUUGAAGCCUACCCAGGGGAUAAGUACAUAAUGAACUCGCCUGCCGGCGGCGGCUACGGGCCGCCUUCGGAGUCGCCUCCCGCCGACUCCGGCGCCGAACAACGCAGCGGCUUUCUCGAGCGCGGCAGCGUCUACGAGUACCGGAGCGCCCAGGAAUCUGUCUAAAGUUUCACAAUUGUGAAAUUUCCUACUUACCGAAAUGGAAACUUCACUUAUUUCUCAGUUAACGCCGCUUGCACUUGCUAAGCGGUUAAACCGUUAACCCAGUGUCAAAUUGUACUGGUAACCAUGGUAACUCCAG